AUGGUCAAAAAGUGGUUGUUCGGAAGCCCUUCCAAGGGCAGCUCGCCUCCGGUCUCCCGUACCGACUCAAUCAGGUCGACCUUCUCGGCGUGGACCACAACUAGCACCAUGCAGGCAGACACAGAGGAACCCACCUCUUCCGACGAUGUCGCCCUUUCCAUCCAUCCUCUCUCCACGAAAGACGGGCUUAUCGCCAAGAUAACUUCCCCAGAAGCACCUUCUAAGUCUAUUGAUCAUGUGCCUUGCGACAUCGUUCUGGUCAUUGAUGUAUCGGGAAGCAUGGGCUGCAAUGCCCCUGUCCCCGCUAACCCGGGAGAAAAGACCGAAAACUACGGACUGUCGGUCCUGGACUUGGUCAAGCAUGCCGCUCGCACAAUUCUGGAGACGAUGGACGAGACCGACAGACUCGGCAUCAUUACCUUCGCAUCCAAAGCCAAGGUUGUUCAGAAGCUGAUGCCUAUGAAUAAGAAGAACAAGACGCUGGCCGAAAAGAACAUCAACGGCAUGAGGCCAAUCGACGCCACUAACCUCUGGCAUGGACUUCUCGAGAGCAUCAAAUUGUUCAAGGAAGGUGGCGAGGUCAACACUGGCAGGGUUCCUGCCAUCAUGGUACUGACGGACGGCAUGCCCAAUCACAUGUGCCCGGUGCAAGGAUACGUUCCGAAGCUGCGUGGCAUGGAGCAGCUUCCUGCCUCAGUUCAUACGUUUGGCUUUGGAUACUCUCUGAGGUCUGGCUUGUUGAAGUCCAUCGCCGAGAUUGGCGGUGGCAACUACUCCUUCAUUCCGGAUGCUGGCAUGAUUGGGACUGUUUUUGUCCACGCAGUCGCCAACCUCCAGGCAACAUAUGCUAUCAACGCAACUCUACGGCUCACUUUCCCAGCAGUUAUCGACCUCGAGGAAGCCACGGGAGACUCGGUCGACAAGCAAGAAGUCCUCACCCUGCCCGACGAAAAAGAUGAGCCAAAGCAGCUUUCCAUCUCUCUUGGAAACCUGCAAUUUGGUCAGUCUCGGGACAUCUAUCUGCACAUCAAGACUCCAGAAGGCUCUAUUCUCGAAAAGUCCAGCGUCAUCGCCUCACUUGAAUACUCCCGCAUGACAAGUGCUAUCUACAGAAAGUCGACUGAACAGUCUCUCUCAAGUCCCACCACUCUCCCAGAGUCCGAGAUCGCAUAUCAUCUUUCCCGCUCUCAGAUUUGUUCCUACCUGUCAUCGAUUAUACCCUUGAGAGAAGACGGCGAGCACGAGGCGCUGAGUGAUAUCUCCCCGCAAAAGAUUGAGACACUCGAAACUCUCAUCAAAGGCCUCCCAGCACAAAAUUUUCCCAAUGACCCGAAAAAUAAGUCAUUGAUCGAGGAUCUGUCAGGCGACCAACCAAAGGGCCAAAUUUCCCUCGCUCUCAAGAACCCAGAAUACUACACGAAAUGGGGUGUGCACUAUUUUCCCUCUCUUUUAAACGCCCACACCAGGCAGAUUUGCAAUACCUUCAAGGAUCCCGGACCGCUUCAGUACGGUGUCGACAGUCCUCUUUUCACCGCAUGCAGGGAUAGACUCGACAACGCGUUUGAUAACUUGCCCGCGCCAACGCCAUCAAAUCAUAUGGUUGCAACCCACCGAGGCCGCAUCAAGAUGAGUUCAUAUAAUACUUCUUCUGGAGUAUGUUUCAUCGCCUCCACUCCAGUUGUCCUAGCCUCGGGCCGAAAGGUUCCCAUCAAGACUCUCCGAAGAGGUGUGGCGGUACAGACACCGUCUGGUUCUAGACGUGUCGUGGCCGUGCUCAAGACGCCUGUCCACCGGGAAAUCAUGUGUCGCGUCGGCGAUCUCGUUGUCACGCCAUGGCAUCCUGUCUCCAUGGACAGCGGAAAGAGCUGGGUGUUCCCCGCCAAUGUGGCGCUGAGGCCGGUGAGGUACACUGGAUGUAUCUACUCAGUUCUUCUACAACCAGAUAUGGAUGCAAGUGCGCAUGCCGUGAAUGUUGCGGGCAUUUGGGGUGUUACUUUGGGUCACGGGCUUGUGACGGGACGGGAUGUGCGUGCUCAUCAGUUCUUUGGAGACUACGGCAAGGUUGUGAGGAGUUUGAGAAGGAUAGGUGUUAAAAGAAGUGGUGUUGCUACUGGAGGAGGAGUGCGUAGGGAUCUGAGGAACGGACUGGUUCGUGGGUUUAAGCCAGCAAGAAGGGUUGUGGUACGGAAGGAUGGCAAGGCUAUGAGCAAGUAA